AUGCCGUUGAGUAUCGAUAAGGAGCUCAAAGCUCUUUGUCAGAUCAUAGAACGUGAAUACUCAGCAUCCGAUAUUUCAGAUGCUCUCUUGACCCUUAAAGUCCCAGCCGCGGGCUACCUUCCUGAUAUCCAACCCAUUCCGAGGCCCGAGCGGGACAACACUAGGAGCUCUCGUCGACUCGUCGCCCCCGUCAGCACGGUCCUUUUUGUGCGCAAAGUGGGAGACGAAGGCUCCACCAUCACCAAAGACACCGCUUCAACUACCGUGUUCAACAUACCUCAAGGCAAAAAUUGGACCGACAUGAUAGCAGCGUCAAACGUGGCUCUGGUUCAACAACCGCAAGACGGACCCGAGAUCCGUGCUGCCUUGAUGGGUGAUAUUAUGACCACACGACUCAAGGUCCGGGGUGUCCGUGGCGCAAUAGUAAAUGGACGCAUUCGUGACGUGGAAUCUUGCAGUCUCAGGUGUGUAAUCAACGACGACGAUGACGAUGAAAACAACUCCUCAAUCUUCCAUCUCUGGUCCCGCGGGUUUUCAGCGUCAUCCCCCACGCUGGAGGCCCUGCCUUCCGCUGUGGAUGUGCCACUCCACUUCGACGCCAUGGUCGUGCAGCCCGGAGACAUACUGUAUGCGGAUGAGAAAGAUCGAGCUGUGGUGGUCAUUCCGCGGGAACUGCUGGAGAAAGUCGUUGACUUGGCGGCUGUGCAGAAGCGAGCGAGUGAAGCAGUUCUGGAAAAAGUCAAGAAUGGCCAGAGUAUUCCUGAUGCAGUGAGACAGCAUCCGGACUUCUAUAGCGCAUAUAGUCAUAGAUAG